CCGCGUCCCUCCCGCUCGUUGUUGCUCUCCAACGUCUGCUCUUUCUCCAAUUGACUCAUUCGUGGUUGACACGGAACUCACAAUUGAAAUACGCAUUCUGUCCGAGAAGCACUCGUGAAACAUACUCACUCGUCGCCUCGCCUCACGAUAACCUGCACGACCCCCGUCAAGAUGCACUACGCUCUGAUCCUGGCCAUUGCCUCCACUGCCGCUGCGCAGUACUUCCCCAACCAGCCCUCCUGCGCUAUCCCCUGCCUCUCCUCGGCCAUCUCUGCCGUCGGCUGCCCGGCCACGGACAUCAGCUGCCAAUGCGGGCCCACCCAGGCUGCCAUUGGCGCCGCCGCGGCCGGAUGCCUCCUGACCAAGUGUAACUUGUCCGAGGUCUCGCAGGCCCAGAGCGCGGGCGUUGCCGUGUGCUCGAGCUUCAGCGCCGGCCUGCUGUCCAACAUCCCCGCCUCGACCACGGCCUCGGGCAGCGGCAGCGGCAGCUCCGGCUCGAUGAGCAUGACCCAGCCCCCCUCGACUGCCUCGUCCUCGGCGUCCGGCGCGACCGCCAGCAGCACCAGCACCAGUGGUGGCAGUGGUAGCAGCGGCAGUGGCAGCAGUGGCAGCAGCGGCAGCAGCACCCGCACUGGCUCCUCCGCGUCGACGACGACCAUCGUCACCACCGGAUCCAACGGUCUCCCGACCACGACUGUCUCGACCACUACCCGGCCCAACGUUGGUGCUACCCCGGGCCCCAUGAUCGGCGCUGGUAUCCUUGCUGGUGUCAUCGGUGCAGUUGUCGCCUUGUAGGCAAAAGUUGCAACAGUUGGCCAUGCUUGUCCAGACUAUAGCAGAUGUGUCUGAGAGGUCUUCCGGAGCAGGAAUCAAUGGCAGGAGAGAGGCUGCUUGAUGUUGAAUGUAGUGUAAUUACGUAGGCAGCACACGUUAAUGAUAAUGAGGAUUAGGCCUGUCAAAUGACAUCUAUCUACUUCCCCUAUGCCUGGAGCCUCGAAAGGCGAUGUUCGAUACGCAUGUGCAGCCAGCGUAAUUAUUCGAGUAAUUGUGAGCGUGAUUUCAGAGUUUAG